UCUCAGAUAUGCCGCUCCACGUCCGGCGCAGCAGCGACCCCGCCCUGCUGACCAUCAACGGGCCGUUCACCAGCAGUGAGGUACGGGUCCAAACGGAAGAUCCACCAUCGAGGAAGAACCCGACCCGCUGGUCCACCACCGCUGGCUUCUUGAAAGCUCGACACACGUCCGGCACCAACAGCCUGGAGAGGAAGGGUAAAGGCAUGGACACGUAUCGCAGUCUGCCGCGGGACGCAGGGACGUGGGCCAAUCAGAGAGAAUUCCAGAGGGAGACGGCCCGGUCGUCGCUCAGUGCCAAUCACCCCAUGGUGGACCGCUGGUUAGAGAGACAAGAACAGGUAGAGAACUCACCAACACAUUAAUGGUGAAUUUGAAAUUGGAUGAAUUCACGCACAGAAGGAAGUCCAGCUUAUGUGACUGAACGUGAAUAUCAUUGAGACAACAUAAAAAGCUCUACGUGUAUGUGUAUAUAUA